CGCAUCGCCACUCGAGCGACACAACACAGGUACAACUGCGCUGGGACGUAGUUUUAGUUUGUGCUCUACCACGCUGGUUGCGCGGUAGAGCACGGACUCCUGGAAGUGAGAAAGGAGAGAGUGAGAAAAAGCACUCAACAGGUCAGUCCCUGGCCCCAUGGGAAGCGCAGCCUGGUUUCAGUAAGGGAAGACCUGUCUCUUGUCUCUGGUUGCUGUGAUACCUCUUUGUUCCCAAGUCAUCUCUGUGUUGUCCCAGUUGCAAAGGAACAUGAAGCCUGCUAGUGGGGCAGAAGGUCGGUAGGGAAUGAGACUGAAAGGGAGUUCAGAGAUCACUUUGAAACAAUCCAGAAUUAAUUUCUGCAUCUGGCUACAGGCUGUCUCGGGAGAGCGGGCUCUGGCUGGAGAGAGAAUGCUUAGGACGCCCAGCUGCCUCCUAAAAGUGACCAGGGUGGUGCUGAGCCACAGGCUCUGUGCCCUGUUUAUCCUCAUCUUUGUGUUCGUAUCCUUUGCCUACCACAAGUUGUACUGGGGCAGCUGGGAGGACCCAAAGAGCAGCGGCCCCACCUACAGCUUGUCUGCUGAGAUCAGCUGUGCUCACUAUGUGCCUUCUCCCCUUGACAUUGCUGGUGGACCUUCCACAGGAAAGGUGUUUUUUGUGGAGACCUCGGAGCAAACUGCCCCAGGUUACCUGUUCUCGUGCUCUGUGGAGUCAGCGGCCAGGACAAACCCCACAUCAAGGGUCAUGGUGCUCAUGAAAGGCGUGGCCAAAAGGAACGCCUCCUUGCCCAAGCACUGGGCUUUCUCCUUGCUGAGCUGCUUCCCCAACGUGGAAAUCCAGCCCCUGGACUUGACAGAGCUCUUUUCUGGAACACCUCUGAAAGGGUGGUACUUAUGGCCUCUGCGGCACUGGGAGCCUUAUUUUUUACCGGUCCUCUCUGAUGCCUGCAGAAUUGUCCUCAUGUGGAAAUUUGGUGGCAUCUACCUGGAUACAGACUUCAUUGUGCUUAAGAACUUGCAGAACCUCACCAAUGCCCUUGGCAUUCAGGGUGACAGUGUACUGAAUGGAGCCUUUCUAUCCUUUAAAGCCAAGCACAAGUUCAUGGAACUUUGCAUGAAAGACUUUGUGGAGGACUACAAUGGCUGGGUCUGGGGGCACCAGGGCCCAGAGCUCCUAACUCGUGUCUUCAAGAAGUGGUGCUCCAUCCGGACUAUCAAGAGCAUGAGCUGCAAAGGUGUGAGUGCUCUUGCCCGAGAAGUUGUUUAUCCUAUUCCCUGGCAGGACUGGAAGAAGUUGUUUGAGGCAGUCAGUGCCUCGGAGCUUCAGAAACUCCUUAAGAACACCUAUGCAGUGCACAUAUGGAACAAACUGAGCCAUGGGACCAAGUUAGAGAUCCCCUCCCAGGCUCUGCUGGCUCAGCUCUAUUCCCAGUUCUGCCCUGCCACCUAUGCAAAGAUGAAACAGGACUCUGAAGAGUUGUCAAAGCGUGCAGUGUGACCUGGGGGCCCAUGGCUGCAGGGAUGUUCCCCAGGCUGAAGGAAACCGAGUGCCUUUGACCUUCCCCAGAGUUGGUUUCUAGUCCGCAGAGCAGGUGUUCUGUGUGACAGCUCUGUGGUUUUGUACCUGAUAUUCCUGAUAUCUGCCUCAGAUCCUUUGUGUUUCAAAUUUACAGCAGUACCUGACUUCAGCCUCUCUUGCUGUCCUCCACAAGACCUGUCACUGCAGGGAAAAUUGAACCCAUUCAUCAGCAUCCCUCAGCUGGUCCUCUCUUGGUGUUCUCCAAUGGCUCCUCCAGUGACGCCCAGCCUGAGCAGCCCCUUGUGAUGUUUCAACAGCUGUAGGAAUCCCUGCUUUGCUCUCUGUGGCAUUUGAAAUUUUCAGAGAAUAUUCUGUGUUGGAAGGGACUCACAGCCGUCAUGUGUCCAACCCCUGGCUUUGGCUGGGGACAGCACACUCCCUCAAUCCUGCCCUGUGCACGAGAAUGUCAUUCUUGGGACUGUGAGCCUUCCCCGGGGAGCCUGUUCAGUGCCCCACCACCUUCUGGGGGAAGAACCUUUCCCUGAUAUCUACUUUAACCAUCCCCUGACACAGCUCCAGCCGUUCCCUUGGGUCCUGUUCUUGGUCACACAGAGCAGAGAUCAGGGCCUGCCCCUCCUUUUCCCCUUGUGAGGAAGCUGCAGAACUGCUGUGAUCUGUGACUUCAGUCUGCUCUUCUCCAGCUGUACAGACCAAGUGCCCUCAGCUGCUCCUUGUGUGGCUUCCCCUCCAGGCCCUUCACCAUCUCCAAAACCCUACUUUGGAAACUCUCAAACAGCUCUAGAUCUUUCUUAUAUUGUGGCACCCAAAAUCACACACAAUAUUCAAGCUGUGGCCGCCCCGCCCAGAGCAGAGUGGGACAAUCCCCUCCCUGGCCUGGUCGGUGAUGCUGGGCCUGGUGCCCCAGGACAGGGCUGUCCCUCCUGGCUGCCAGGGCACUGCUGGCCCAUGUCCAACUGGCCAUUAACCCCCAGGUCCCUUUCCACAACACUGCUCUCCAGUCUCUCCUUCCCAGUCUGUCUGUACUUCCAGGGCUGACCCAUCCCAGGUGCAGAAUUCAGCCCUUGCCUUUGUUAACUUCACACCACUGGUGAUUGUCCAGCCCUGUCAUUUGUCCAGGCCUCUGUGCAGGGCCUCUUCAUCCUAGAGGGAGUCAACAGCUCCACAGCUCCUCCCAGUUUUUAUCAUCUGCAAACUUACUUAGUAUCCCUUGCUGUCCUGCAUUCAAGCUCUUUAGGAGGAUUUUUAAGACAAUGGGGCCUAAGACGGUGCCCUGUGGUACCCCACAAGUGACAGGCUGCCAGUCUGCUGUCACCCAGGCACUGUCAUUCUUUGUGCUUGACCCAUGAACAAGUUGCUCAUCCAUCACACAAUGUGUUUAUCCAGCUGUGGACUGCACACUGAGAUUAUAUCCAAAGCUUUACUGAAAUCCAAAAAGAUUACAUCUACUGAUUUUUUUUUAUUAACUGGGUGGGUGUGGCAGUGGGGAUUUGAAGAUAUUUGAUCUCUCCCUGCCUACAGCAGUGGGGGUUUGAAGAAUUUGUUUAGUCUCUGUAUAAAGUUGUUUACCCCCGUCUCACCAUGGCAGUUAUCAUAAUUCCAGAUUUUCCCAUCUAUCCUCAAAAAUCCUACCCCUGUGGAUUGUCUGUCAUGAUUUGUUACACCCCUUUAUCCAGAGAAUUCGCUGUCAGUUAUGAUUUUUCCUUUCUGCCAUUGGUAUCUGAUUUUCCUGCUCCAAGUUACGUUUACGUUUGUUACACCAGACCCCUCCUAACUAGCCAGAUGGUCUCCUCCUGGGAUUCCACCUCCCCCCAUAAAAGCCACUGUUUUUCUCUGUUUCAUGUUCUUAUGCCACUGUCCCCCUUUGAGCCACAGCGCUCCCACGUCUCGCCUGCUCCUGCAUGGCGCUGCAGCCCUGGCGCUGCGCCUGUUGAGGGAAAGAAUAAAGGCAGCUUGGAGAAACAAGCAAGGAGCCCUUCCUUCUUCCUUUGCCUCGAUCCUUAGACAUGGGUCCACAUUUGUCAGCUGCUUGUGGCGAUCCGGGAUCCCAGCCAGUGGCCGAACUGCAAUCCUGCCUGCCAGCAGCUGAUUUGGGACGUGGUCCCUUUUGGUGCACAUGCCGAAAGCGAAGGGGGAUCAGAGCGCAUGGGUGACCGGUGCCACUGCUUCUUCUGUGAUUUGGAUGCAAUGUCAGAUGGGUUACCUUAGCAUAAAAGGAAAUUAAUUUUGAAAAGCAGGACUUUCCUCUCAUGGAGAUGUGCUGGCUGUGACCAAUGACUGUGUGACCAACAUCCUUCAGGUGUUUUUCACUACCUCCCAGAAUAAUCAUCGUCAUCUCCUUAAUUUUACCAGGCACUGGAGUUAGAUUGACAGGCCUGUAGCUUCCAGGGUCAUCCUUCUUGCCCUCUUUGAAAACUGGGACCUCUCCAGAUUCUGAAGACUGUUCAAAAAUUAUCAAAAGACGCCUCAUGAUGAUAUCAGCCAGCUCUUUAUGUAUUCUCCCAUUAAUCCCUUCACACCCCAUAGACCUACAGGGAUCCAUCUGUAGCAGCAGAUCCCUCACACCUUCAGGGUUAACUCAGCGUUUAUCAUUCUCAUAGUCACAGUCCUCUAGCUGAGGGUGCUGGGACCUCCUUAGUCCAUCAUCCAUGUUCAAGACAGAGGCAAAGAAAGCAUUAAACAUCUCUACCUUAUCCAGGGCGCUGUUUGUGAGGUGACCAUCCUCAUCCUGUAAUGGGCUGAUGUCAUUUCAGCACUGCCUUUUGCCAUUAAUGUAUUUUUAAACCCUCUUUUUAUUGUCCCCCACAUUUCUGGUGGCUACAACUGCAGUGGAGCUUUGGCCAAACAAGUUCUCCCCCAACAGCAGUAAGCAGCAUCUCCAUAUUCCUUCCACAUCACCUGACCUUGCCUCCACUGGGCAUACUCCUUCCUUUUUUACCUUAUCUCCAAAAGAAGAUUCCUGUUCAGCCAAAGUGGCCUUCUGCCUCAUCUGCUUGAUUUCCAAUUUUUAGGAAUUACCUGUUCUUGUGCCCUCAGGAGCUGGUGCUUAAAAUGUGACCACAGCACUGAUGGACCCCAGGACCUUCAGAAGCAUUUUCCCAGGUGCAGCACCAACACUUGGUCUUGUUGAACCCUGUGAGAUUCCCUUGGGCCACUUCUCCAGCUGGUAAGUGCCAUCCCUUUUACUUUGUAGUGGAAGAGACAGAUAAUUCAGAUUUUGCCUGGAGCACAAAAGGAUGUUCCUCCUGAGGGUCAUGUACAGGUAAUCUCCAAGCAACUGUUACAAAAACUCCCUUCAAAUCACCUGCAGUCUGAUGAUCCUCACCACCAUCCAAAUUAUAUACAAUGUUACAUUUUAGGCAAACAUGUCAAAACCACAGAUUUUUUUUAAUAUUACAUCUACCAUUAACAGAAGAACAGGUCUCACUUGCAAAAGUAUUUAUGCUCCUCAGGCUUUGCUUACAUUGUGAAACAGAUGUCUGGCUGCAUUGUCCUGGACAGCACUGUCACUUUGCUGUGCUGGACCUGCUUUUCCCUAGCAAAAAUGGAGGAAAACAAGGAGUAAGAUGUCCUUAGAGGAGACAGUGCCUGCCUUUGUGAUAAUCAAACCAAACCCCAUAAUGCUACCAGGAUACUUUGCUAGGAAUUGUCUUCCUAUGAAAUGAGAGACAAUAUUACAGAACUGCCAGCAUAAAGAAAAAAGGCAAACUCUGUUCCCUCAGAGAUUAUUGUAAUGGCCCAUGUGAUAAUUCAGUUCUGCUCAGUAACCAGCUGUGCUAUUAUACUAUGUAAAUCACAAAUGGUAAACAGAAGUAAUGUAAAGCAAGGGCUCCCUCCCACCACAAAUAAAUAAAAAGGAGAUUUGGGUACCUUCUGUCUCUGCAAUUUUAAGGAGGCUUUCCUGAUAAUUUUCAAAUUUCUAUUUCAUAAAGGGCAUUCUCAAGGAAAGAAGAUAGAAGAUGAGUAGCAGCUUGUUAACAUGGGCAAGAGGUACCUAGAGCCUUGUUCUGACAAAUAGAGAAACCAUAUGGGAGAAGUUUUGCCCACACACAUUUUGGCUUGAGCAUAUUCCUCCAGCCUGCCUGUGUCCAGUGGAAGAGAAGCCCUGCAUCUGAGCAUACCAACUUCAUCACCACAGUUUGCUGUCAUCUGCAAAACUGGAAGGGUUGCAUGCUAGUUCCUCCUCCAGCUCACAGAAAGAGAGAUGAAAUAUUACAGGACCCAAGACAGACACCUGAGAGACACCACUUGUAACCAAAGUCCAGGUAAGUAUGAACCAUUUGUGUUCUCUGUACCAUUCCCUCUCCUAAAAGGGAUGCUUUCCCCAUUGGACAUGACAAAGCACAGGCAACUUUUUAAGCAAAAAGCACUUUUGCAGGCACCUUUUCCUGCAGCACCACACUACCCUUAAUCCUGACUUGACAAUUGGUUACCUGCACAUCAGUUGUGUAGUCUUUCCCAGGCCUAAGGUGGUGAACAUCUGCAUCCCACGUCUCAUUGAAAAACUUAGAAAGUUCACGAUUUAAGGCCUUCCUGCCAAGAAAUAUAGAGGAAUACAUGUAAGGCACAAAAGUACAUGCUGUUAUUUCUGUGUCACUCCUAGAGUCUUCUAAUGACUCUCCAUGUUCUGGAUAUCAGCCUGGCAUCAAAUUUCUCUUUCUCCCCACACCUUCCUGUCAGUGCCGCUGUAAAAACCACAUUACUUAUGGUCCACAUUCCUUUUUAAAGAAUGCAGGUAACCUGUAGGGAAACCCAAGUCUUCCCUUAGAUUGUCAGACAACAAAGUUCCUGUUGGUAAGUUCCUGUGGUUUUCCAUGCAAUGAAACAAAAAGGAAGAUGGUGGUGUUUCAUUCUCAAGGAUUCUGUGCACAAAUCAGAGGCAAGCGGGAGAUUGUUCCCAGCAUGCAGCAACACUGCAACAGAACAGGAAGGAAAAAAUUCUCUCUAUGAUGCUUCUCUUGCAGCAAUCUUAUAAACUCUUCCCUUCUUCCUUCAAGCAAGAUUCCACACAGAAUAUUUUCCUUUGCCAUGGGAUUAUUCCAGCAUAAAGGUAAUGGUGACAAAGGGUAAGUAAGGCUCUGCAUACAAUAAUAAUCCCCCAAGCACUGAUCUCUGAUGCACAUACCUACGCAAGUUUCUCCUUCCCUAAUUUUUAAUGGAGUUUUGCCCUGCAUAAUAGUGUACAGUUUUCAGAAGUUUGUCUAUUCAUCAACAAAAUUAAGGUAGGGUUGUGUGUUGGUUUUGCAUGGCCUGGUUUUUGGUAGCUGGGGGGGCAGAGAUGUGACUUCUGUGAGAAGCUGCUGGGAUCUUCCACUGUGUCCAGCAGAGCCAAUUCCUGGUGACUCUGAAGAUGGACAUGCUGCUGGCCAAGGCUGGGCCAGUCGGAGGUGAUGGUAAGGCCUCUGUGAUAACAGAUUUAAGAAGAAAAUCAACAUAAAUUUGGCACAGUUCUCCUCCUAGCCAAAGAAGAGGAGCAAGAGAGAAUAUGUGAGGGAAACAACAUGGUGACACCAAGGUCAGUGCAGAAGCCGGGGAGGAGGUGCUCCAGGCACCAGAGCCGAGAUUCCUCUGCAGGCCGUGGUGAGAUCAUGGUGAAGCAGCUGUGCCCCUGCAGUGCAUGGGGAUCCACAGGGAUGCAGAAAUUCACCCACAGCCUGUGGGGGAGGUGCCCACACUGAAGCUGGUGGAUGCCUGGAGGAGGCUGUGAUUCAAUGGAAGACCCACUGGAGACAGGGAGCCCUUGCUCCUAAGCUGGAACAGCCUGUCCUUGGAGGAGUGCACCCCAUGGAAAGAGAGACUCAUGGUGCAGCAGUUUUGGGAGGACUGCUGCUGGUGAGAUUGUAGACCCACACUGGAGAAGUUCACCAAGAACUGUCUCCCACGGGAAGGAACCCCACAGUCUCACAGGGGAAGGACUCCUCUUCCUGAGCAGCAGAAGAUCUUGGGUGAUGAACUAACCAAAAACCCCCAUACCCUGUCUCCCUGCACUGUUGGUGGGAAGGAGGGAGGGGCUUGGGGGAAAAGUGUGUUUUAAUGGCUUAUUUUGCUUCUCAUUAUCUUCCUCUGACUCUGUUAGUAAUAAAUUUCCUUUGCACUUCUAA